AGCGCCCGCCACCCGCGCCCGCCGACGGCGCCGACCCGUCUCCGGCCGAGGAGCCCGAGGCCCGGCCCGACGGAGAGGGCUCUCCCGGCAAGCCCAGGCCCGCGACCGCUCGCAGGGCAGGAUCUGCGGCACCUGCGGACCGAGAGGAGCGAGGGCCCCCUACCAGCGUAGCGGCGCUCAGGUCCAACUUCGAAAGGAUCCGCAAGGGUCCUGGCCAGCCCGGGGCAGCGGACGCUGAGAAGCCCUUCUAUGUGAACGUCGAGUUUCACCACGAGCGCGGCCUGGUGAAGGUCAACGACAAAGAGGUGUCGGACCGGAUCAGCUCCUUGGGCAGCCAGGCCAUGCAGAUGGAGCGCAAGAAGACCCAGCACGCACAGGGCCCCGGGGACGCGUCCAGGCCCUCCUACCGGGGGCGCUCCUCCGAGAGCAGCGGCGGCCUCGACGGCGACUACGAGGACGCUGAGUUGAACCCCCGCUUCUUGAAGGACAACCUGAUCAAUGCCAACGGCGGCAGCAGACCCCCUUGGCCGCCCCUGGAGUACCAACCCUAUCAGAGCAUUUACGUCGGGGGCAUCAUGGGGGAAGGGGAGGGCAAGGGGCCGCUCCUGCGCAGCCAGAGCACCUCGGAGCAGGAGAAGCGGCUCACCUGGCCUCGCAGGUCCUACUCCCCCCGGAGCUUUGAGGACUGUGGAGGCGGCUAUACCCCGGACUGCAGCUCCAACGAGAACCUCACCUCCAGCGAGGAGGACUUUUCCUCCGGCCAGUCCAGUCGGGUGUCCCCGAGCCCCACCACCUACCGCAUGUUCCGGGACAAGAGCCGCUCCCCGUCGCAGAACUCACAGCAGUCCUUCGACAGCAGCAGCCCCCCAACGCCACAGUGCCAUAAGCGGCACCGGCAGUGCCAGGUCGUGGUGUCCGAGGCCACUAUAGUGGGCGUCCGCAAGACCGGGCAGAUCUGGCCCAACGAUGGGGACGGCAACUUCCACGGAGAUGCAGAUGCCUCGUUCGGAACGCCACCCGGGUACGGCUGUGCGGCAGACCGGGCCGAGGAGCAGCGCCGGCACCAGGAAGGGCUGCCCUAUAUCGACGACUCGCCCUCCUCCUCCCCCCACCUCAGCAGCAAGAACCGGGGCAGCAGGGACGCGCUGGCCUCGGGAGCCCUGGAGUCCGCCAAAGCGAGUGAACUGGACUUGGAAAAGGGCUUGGAGAUGAGAAAAUGGGUCCUGUCUGGCAUCCUGGCUAGCGAGGAGACGUACUUGAGCCACCUGGAGGCACUGUUGCUGCCCAUGAAGCCUUUGAAAGCCGCCGCCACCACCUCUCAGCCAGUGCUGACGAGUCAGCAGAUCGAGACCAUCUUCUUCAAAGUGCCUGAGCUCUACGAGAUCCACAAGGAGUUCUACGACGGGCUCUUCCCCCGCGUGCAGCAGUGGAGCCAUCAGCAGCGGGUGGGCGACCUCUUCCAGAAGCUGGCCAGCCAACUGGGUGUGUACCGGGCCUUCGUGGACAACUACGGAGUUGCCAUGGAAACAGCAGAGAAGUGCUGUCAGGCCAACGCUCAGUUUGCAGAAAUCUCGGAGAACCUGAGAGCCCGGAGCAACAAGGACGGCAAGGAUGCGACAACCAAGAACUCUCUGGAAAGUCUGACCAGCAGCUCUGGACUCGGCAUUUCCUGUCCUACAAUUAAAGCCCUGCUCUACAAGCCUGUGGACCGGGUGACAAGAAGCACACUGGUCCUUCACGACUUGCUGAAGCACACUCCCCCCAGCCACCCCGACCACUCCUUGCUGCAGGACGCCCUCCGCAUCUCGCAGAACUUCCUGUCCAGCAUCAACGAGGAGAUCACGCCCCGCCGGCAGUCCAUGACGGUGAAGAAGGGCGAGCACCGGCAGCUGCUGAAGGACAGCUUCAUGGUGGAGCUGGUGGAGGGGGCCCGCAAGCUACGCCACGUCUUCCUCUUCACCGACCUGCUCCUCUGCACCAAGCUCAAGAAGCAGGGCGGAGGCAAAGCCCAGCAGUACGACUGCAAGUGGUACAUCCCGCUCACAGACCUCAGCUUCCAGAUGGUCGAUGAGUCGGAGGCUGCAUCCAGCAUCCCCCUGGUGCCGGACGAGGAGCUGGACGCCUUGAAGAUGAAGAUCUCGCAGAUCAAGAGCGACAUCCAGAGGGAGAAGAGGGCCAACAAGGGCAGCAGAGCCGUGGAGCGGCUGAAGAAGAAGCUGUCCGAGCAGGAGUCGCUGCUGCUGCUCAUGUCGCCCAGCAUGGCCUUCCGGGUCCACAGCCGCAACGGCAAGAGUUACACGUUCUUCAUUUCCUCCGACUACGAGCGCGCCGAGUGGAGGGAGAACAUCCGGGAGCAGCAGAAAAAGUGUUUCAAAAGCUUCUCCCUGACGUCCGUGGAGCUGCAGAUGCUGACCAACUCCUGCGUCAAGCUCCAGACCGUCCACCACAUCCCGCUGACCAUCAACAAGGAAGAUGAUGAGUCGCCUGGGCUUUACGGGUUCCUGAAUGUCAUCGUCCACUCAGCCACCGGAUUUAAGCAGAGUUCGAAUCUGUACUGCACCCUGGAAGUGGAUUCCUUCGGGUAUUUUGUGAAUAAAGCCAAGACGCGCGUCUACAGGGACACCACUGAGCCGAACUGGAACGAGGAGUUUGAGAUCGAGCUGGAAGGCUCCCAGACCCUGAGGAUACUGUGCUAUGAGAAGUGUUACAACAAGAUGAAGAUGCCCAAGGAGGACGGCGAGAGCACGGACAGGCUCAUGGGGAAGGGCCAGGUCCAGCUGGAUCCCCAGGCCCUGCAGGACAGAGACUGGCAGCGUACUGUCAUCGCCAUGAAUGGGAUUGAAGUGAAACUGUCCGUCAAGUUCACCAGCAGGGAGUUCAGCUUGAAGAGGAUGCCUUCCCGGAAGCAGACUGGGGUGUUCGGAGUCAAGAUCGCCGUGGUCACCAAGAGAGAGAGGUCCAAAGUGCCCUACAUCGUGCGCCAGUGCGUGGAGGAGAUCGAGCGCCGGGGCAUGGAGGAGGUGGGCAUCUACCGCGUUUCCGGCGUGGCCACCGACAUCCAGGCACUGAAGGCGGCCUUCGACGUCAAUAACAAGGACGUGUCCGUGAUGAUGAGCGAGAUGGACGUGAACGCCAUCGCCGGCACGCUGAAGCUCUACUUCCGCGAGCUGCCCGAGCCCCUCUUCACCGACGAGUUCUACCCCAGCUUCGCCGAGGGCAUUGCUCUUUCAGACCCAGUCGCAAAGGAGAGCUGCAUGCUCAACUUGCUCCUGUCCCUUCCGGAAGCCAACCUGGUGACCUUCCUCUUUCUUCUGGACCACCUAAAAAGGGUGGCGGAAAAGGAGACAGUGAACAAGAUGUCUCUGCACAACCUCGCCACAGUCUUCGGCCCCACGCUGCUCCGGCCCUCGGAGAAAGAGAGCAAGCUCCCCACCAACCCCAGCCAGCCCAUCGCCAUGACCGACAGCUGGUCCCUGGAGGUCAUGUCCCAGGUCCAGGUGCUGCUGUACUUCCUGCAGCUGGAGGCCAUCCCUGCCCCCGACAGCAAGAGACAGAGCAUCCUGUUCUCCACGGAAGUCUAAAGGCCCGACUGCAUCUCCUAGAGCUGGCGGAACGACAUGGAAACCUGUGGCAAAGCGGGCCAUCCGGAGAGUGGGAACCGAACCUUCUUGAGGUGUUGUCGGGCCAUCCCCAAGAACCAGGCCAUCUGCCAAGAGACAGCUACCCAAAGCGGGAGGCCUAGUGGUCUGGACACAUCAGCACCCAGUGGGUCUGCAAGCCCCAGGCUGGCUUCAGACUGUGGUUUCCCAUGCUGCCACCAGAGGGCACCCCAAGCCGGCACAUCUCAGCGCACAGGCCUGGCCGGGGAAGGAGGCAAAGGGAGUGGUUUUUAUGAACUUAACUUAUCAGAGUUGAAUAGAUUUCUACUGGAUCACUUGUCAAGAUGCACCCUCUCCGGGGAGAAGGGAACGCGACCGGAUUCCCUCACUAUUGUGUCUUGAAUAAACGCUGCUGCUGCUUCA